UUCCAUAGCACCGGCGCGCAUUUGCGGCAUGGCCACAGACAGCGCGAUGUCUCACGGAAACACCUCGGCCUCGCUAAACGGGGAACCGUCGGCUAAACGGACCUGCGAUGGCGGAGGUGCCGCGGGCACGCAGUCUCAGCCGCAGAAUAAAGUGACCGUGGUGCUCGGGGCGCAGUGGGGAGAUGAGGGGAAGGGGAAAGUGGUCGACCUGCUGGCUAUGGACGCGGACAUUGUCUGUAGAUGCCAGGGCGGAAACAACGCGGGACACACGGUGGUUGUGGACGGCGUGGAGUACGACUUCCACCUCUUACCCAGCGGCGUGCUCAACAAAAAGGCAGUCUCCUUUAUCGGUAAUGGUGUUGUAAUUCAUUUACCUGGGCUGUUUGAGGAGGCAGUGAAAAAUUCCCAGAAAGGCACAGGUCUUGAGGGUUGGGAAGAAAGGUUGAGGAUUUCAGAUCGUGCACAUAUAGUGUUUAACUUCCACCAGGCUGUUGAUGGGAUUCAGGAGCAGCAAAGACAACAGCAGGCUGGAAAGAACUUGGGGACGACCAAAAAGGGCAUUGGUCCAGCAUAUUCCUCCAAGGCAGCACGUAACGGACUAAGAGUGUGCGACUUGGUUUCGGAUUUUUCCGUUUUUGAGGAAAAAUUUCGUUUCCUGGCUCAACAAUUUCAGACUACAUACCCCAACCUCAACAUCGAUAUUGAUGGUGAACUGGAGCAACUGAAGGGCUACGCAGAAAGGCUGCGGCCUCUAGUCACCGACGGCGUAUACUUCAUGCAUAAAGCUCUCACUGGUCCGAGUAAGAAGAUUCUGGUUGAAGGUGCUAAUGCAGCUCUUUUGGAUAUUGACUUUGGAACCUACCCUUUUGUGACCUCAUCCAAUUGCACAGUUGGAGGUGUGUGCACAGGUCUCGGGGUUCCCCCAUCCAACAUUGGUCGGGUUUAUGGUGUCGUUAAAGCGUACACCACUCGAGUUGGUGUUGGAGCAUUUCCCACUGAGCAGGACAAUGAGGUUGGCGACCUUCUGCAGUCAAGAGGAAGGGAAUUUGGAGUCACUACUGGCAGACGGCGACGCUGCGGGUGGCUGGACCUGGUUUUAGUUCGUUAUGCCCAUAUGGUCAAUGGCUUUUCAGCUAUCGCGCUGACCAAGUUGGACAUUCUCGACACGUUAGAGGAGAUCAAAGUGGGCGUGGCCUACACCGUUGACGGCAAGCCCUUGGACAGCUUUCCCGCUAAUAUGGACCUCUUGUCGAAAGUCGUGGUGACCUACGAGACGUUACCCGGUUGGUGCUGCAGCACCGAGGGAGCUCGCACGUUCGAAGACCUACCAUCUCAAGCGCAAGACUACAUUCACUUUAUUGAGAAAUUCCUGAACAUGCCAGUAAAAUGGGUUGGAGUUGGAAAAUCCAGGGAGAGCAUUAUAAAAGUGAUGUAAGAUUCACCGGACAGUACCUGAAAUCCACCACAUCCUUCAGUCUUCCAGGACCAUACAAUUUUUGGGACCAGGGAUUUAUGUAGUGGAUUAGUUCUGUAUUAAAAAUUCAUUUGGGUUAAGAACCCUGAGACUGUCCUCCUUAAAGUGAGCACCAGCAUAACUACAGUUCAGGACCAUAGGCAGUAAUGGGUGGGGGGUCCAUUUAGAGAAUGACUCUGGGUCAGGUGUGUGAGAAACCUCAGAAUAAGUUCAGUUAUUGCAUAUAAAUUCGGUUUUAAUUUCAAUCUCCAUUCUUAGUGCAACGCUUGAUGCAUAUAGAUUCUGAGGUCAUACACUCCCACUUUUUAAAUCUGCACUGAAAUGAGCUUUAUGUAAAUGUUAUAUGUGCAAAUGCACCAUUCUGACCUCUGGAUUUAGCUUUCCACUGUAAUGUGUGGUAAUUAUUGAUUCCAGGUUUAAGUCUCCCCUUUUUUUUUUCUUCUUCUUCAUUUGAACUAUUGUCCAUUUUAAUAUGAAGCGCAGCACAACGCUGUUAUAAUUAAGGCUUUAUUUUGAUUUAUUGCUUUUUAGGACAAAAAGAAAACUAUUUUUCCAUCUGUGUUGAAAAUAGGGUUUUAAAGUUUACUGUAAAGUGUAGCCAAACAUUUUAUGUAAUCUUGUGCAAGAAAUUUAUUGUAUGAAUCGUGAUUUAAAACGUUUUAAUUUGAGGUUUGUACAAUUAAAAAUGCUCUGGUGGCUGUAUAAUAAAAUAGAUUUACACAAGCUUUUUUUUAAUUAGCUAUGUACACCAGGCAUCAAUCACCAAUUUUAACAGAUGAGCACACUAGCAAUGCAGGAGAUGGACGUAUACUCCAUAAUGCAUAGUUGCCGUCCACUGGAGCGUAGAUUGUAUCGAGAUAUAGGCUGCUGCUUUGGAACAAUAAACUGUUCUGAUUACA